AUGACAACGAGGCUCGCAAUUCCACCACAGCGACUCGGAUUGCGCAGCGCCCAAGUCCGCACAGGAUCUGCUAUGUCCUUCGCUCCUGGUAACUCGUUUACCGUCUCUGUCCACUUGCAGCUUGCUCCUAGAAAUACUGGCCAGCCGCCCAUCCCUCAUAUCGCCAUGUUGCCAGUUGUGAUACAGUUCGAAUUCAACCGGUACCUUUCUACCGGGUGA